AUGAAGGAGACGGCAGUUGUAGCUUGUUUUCUGGCUGAACUGUCUUUGGCUGCUCUUGUUCUGGUCUCCGAGGGGGCGGCUCCCUGCCCUGCUUCCUGUCGAUGUGAGAUACGACCCUGGUUCUCACCCAGCUCCGUCUACACAGAGGCUGCCACCGUGGACUGUAACGACCUGGGUCUCUCAGCGCUGCCGGAGACACUCCCCUCAGACACGCAGGUUCUGCUGCUACAGACAAACAACUUGGUUAAUGUUCAGAAAACUUUGGAUUACUUGGCCAACAUCUCGGAAAUCGACUUGUCUCAGAAUAACAUCUCCUCAGUGAGCGAUGUGUGUCUGGGCUCUCUCCCCCAGCUGCUGUCACUCCACAUGGAGGAGAACUGGAUUCAGGAGCUUUCUGACAGCUGCCUGGUUUCUCUGCCAAACCUCCAGGAGUUCUACAUCAACCACAACCUCAUUUCCUCCAUUAGCCCCGGAGCCUUCCAGGGGCUGCGCAGGCUGCUGAGGCUCCAUCUCAACUCCAAUCGACUGACGAGAAUCAACAGCCGCUGGUUCCAGCAACUUCCCGACUUGGAGAUAUUGAUGCUGGGAGAAAACCCCAUUCUCGAGCUGUCAGAUAUGACCUUUAAACCUCUGGCAAACCUCAGAAGCCUCGUGCUUGCCAGGAUGAAUUUGACCGAAAUCCCUGACAAUGCUUUAGUCGGUCUUGACAACUUGGAAAGUAUCUCGUUCUUCGACAACCUGCUAAGUCGAGUUCCCCGAGCGGCGCUGACGAGAGUCCAGAACCUCAAGUUUCUUGAUUUGAAUAAAAACCCCAUUGAGAGGAUCAAGAAAGGCGACUUCAUGGACAUGAUGCAUCUCAAAGAGCUCGGCAUCAACAGCAUGCCGGAGCUCAUUUCCAUCGACAGCUUUGCCCUGAACAACCUGCCCGAGCUGACUAAAAUUGAGGCUACCAACAAUCCCAGGUUAUCCUACAUCCACCCGAGAGCUUUCCACCAGCUCCCCCGGCUGGAGACGCUGAUGCUCAACAGCAACUCUCUGAGCGCGCUGCACCUCGGCACCGUGGAGUCGCUGCCCAACCUGCGAGAGGUCAGUCUGCACAGCAACCCCAUCCGCUGCGACUGCAUCAUCCGCUGGGUCAACAUGAACAGGACGGCGGUUCGCUUCAUGGAACCAGACUCCCUGAUCUGCGUGGAGCCUCCGGAGUACCAGGGCCAGCACGUCAGACAGGUGCACUUCAGGGAGAUGACAGAGAUCUGCCUCCCUCUGAUCUCACCUGGGAGCCUCCUGGGUCGGGUCCAGGUCGCCAAAGGGAGCUCGGUGUCGCUUCACUGCCGGGCGCUCGGAGAACCAGAGCCUGAGAUCUACUGGGUGACGCCGGCAGGGGAGCAGGUCUUGCAUGGCAGUGUCUACGAUAAGUACUACAUGCAUCCCGAGGGAACUCUGGACAUCUACGAUGCCUCCGAGCAGGAAGCCGGCUCAUACACCUGCGUGGCCCAUAACCUUGUCGGGGCCGACCUGAGGUCUGUGUCGGUUGUGGUGGACGGAUUUAUUGCUCUGCCUUCAACGCAACCAUUACACGUAUUAAUCACAUCUGUCCAAACUCAUACUGUGAUGGUUUCCUGGGAGAGCUCAGGUGCUUUGGUAUCACAACUAAACUGGUCCAUUAUAUCCGAGGACAGCAGCCUCUUGAUGCCAUUCAGCGCCCGGCUGCCAGCUGGAGUCAAAGACUUCCACAUCAAGCAGCUGGCGCCAUCCACCCGCUACCAGGUGUGCGUGGAGGUCACUGCUGCACAGCCGGGACUCAGCAGCGACUGUGUGAAUGUGACCACGAAGGAGGCGGCCGUCCUGAGGGACACCACGAAGAACUGGGACAGUCUGGUGAUGGCUUCCUGUGCCGUGCUUUUCAUCGUGGUUGCCGUGGCGUCCUCUGUCAUGUACACGUCUCUGUACAGCCAAGUGUUCUACAGGAAACUGAUAAUGGACCCGGCUGAAACGCUGCUGAUCCCCAGCUCUCCCUCCUCCUCCUCCUCCUCCUCCUCUUCAUCCUCCUUCCUGGAGUUGGGUCUGCAUGGGGUGAAGGUGAGGGCAACUGUAAUAGACUUACCGGACGACUCCAUGUAA